GAGGACGAAUCUCGUCUGAUAAAGAUAUUCGAAAGUUGCGAUUUUCAUCCAGACAGCAGUCUAAGUGUCCUCGUUGCUAGAUCGCUAAUAUUUGUUACAGGAGGAAAAGUAUGGAUGCAUGAUUUAAUUCAACAAAUGGGAUGGGAAAUUGUUCGUAAAGACCAUAUUAGCGAUCCAGGGAUGCAUAGCAGGUUGUGGCGUGACAGGGAUGCCCUUCGUGUGCUUCAAGAGAAUAUGGGUACAAGAGUUGUUCAAGGCAUAUUCCUAACUUCACCAAGAGAUCAUGAAGAAAUACUCUCCGAUCCAUUUGAAAAUAUGAAGUCUCUAAGAUUAUUGAAGAUUUGUAACGUGAAAUUUUCAGAAAGCCAUGAAUACUAUCUUUCAAGAGAGCUAAGACUAUUGGAAUGGCAUGGAUAUCCUCUUAAGUCAAUAAUGUCAAGUUUCCAAUUGGACAGGCUUGUUGAGCUCAGCAUGCCUCAUAGCCGCCUUGAACAACUGUGGAAGAAAACUAUGCACUUGGAAGAAUUAAUGCUAAUCAAUCUCAGCAAUUGCCAAUACUUGAUCGAGACACCCGACUUCGAUUUCGUCCCAAAUCUCGAGAGGUUGGUGCUUGAAGAUUGCAAAAGACUAUCAAAGCUUCACCCAUCAAUUGCAGAACACAAACAUCUUGCUCUUCUGAACUUAAAGGGCUGUGAAAAUCUUGAAGAGCUACCGCAAAGGAUUAGCCUAAAAUGUCUCUCAACUUUUUUUCUUUCUGGAUGUUCAAACCUUAAGGAGUUCCCUGAGAUUGUAGGAGAUAUGAGGAAGUUGUCCAUACUCCACAUAGAUGGGACAGGUAUAAGGGAGUUGCCAACCUCAAUCAACCUCUUGACGGGACUUAUAGGGUUGAACAUGGCAAACUGCAGGAACCUUUUGAGUCUUCGAAGCGGAAUUCUUAGUGGCCUGACAUCUUUGAAAGGUCUCAAUCUGUCGGGCUGUGUGUCUAUGGACCAAUUACCAGAAGACCUUGGAAGCUUGGAAAAUUUGGAGCAUCUUUUCGCAGAUGGAACUCCUACAAGAAAAUUGCCUUCGUCCAUUGUGCUUCUGAAAUGCCUCAAAGUAUUAUCUUUACAUGGAUGUGGACUUGUGCAGUUGCCGGAUGAUAUCGGUCGCUUAUCGUUGCUGCAGUAUCUCAAUCUCAUUGAAAACAACUUUAGCAGCAUACCUGAGAGCAUCUCUCAACUUUCUGAGCUCAAAAAUCUUUACUUGUCCAAGUGUAGCAUGCUUGAGUCAUUGCCAAAACACUUUCCGGUCAAUUUGAGAUAUGUGAAUGCACGAGAUUGUCCGAUGCUAACCGAUUGCUCAAAAACUGAGAUGACAAUAUUGACUUCAAAUAAGGGAUUCCAGUUCAUAGAUUGCCGAAAUUCAUCGAGUGUUGAUGAAGACUCUACAAUUGGGACUCCGCUACCAAUGCCCACCGAACAUGUUGAUUUACUCCUUCCUAAAUUCUUCAAGGGACUAGUUAAUGACGGGAAACAAUUUGAAAUCCGUUUUCCUUGUACCACUAUUCCUCUUUGGUGCACGAACUGGAAUACAAUGUCUCCCAUAAAAAUUGAACUAUCUUCAGAAGAUCGUGAGGAUACAGGCCGUAUAACGAUGGGUUUUGCCCUUUUUGUUGUUUUUGUUAUGAAGGAACUUGAGCAUGGUAACUUUGAUGGAGAGUUGGAAUUAAAAAAAAUCUUCUGUCACUUUUACAUCAAUAAGCGUCCACUUGAGAAGACCCUAGACUUUGCAAACUUUAAACACUUCAGACUUGGUUCGUUUGGGGUCUGUAGCUAUGUGCCAGUGGAAUGGUUUGGAGAGCAGUUAAGCACAUCGAGUAGAGUUAUUGAAGCUUCAUUUUCAAGGGAUAGAUUAGAUGUGGAAUUACGAAUGUUUGGAAUGCAUCAAGUAUUUAAUCAUGAAGUGGAAGGCUUCAGUGACAAACUAGCUCAAAAUGCUAAUGACCACUUGGAUCUUGAAAUGAAUUUUGAUCGACAUUGCCAGAAAUUAUUAGAGGGUGCAAAUGAAUUGGCAGCCUCUGGCAACAUCACAGCAGUCAAGCAUGAAGGAGAAAGUAGUUCGGGAGUGCCUCAAAAUGAAGCCGAACAAGAUCACACCGUCUGGGAUAGUGUACCUUCAAUUGAGUAUAAAAAUUUCAUAAACGAAACAUACUCAUUGCUUUCAGUAGUCUUUCAGGGAAGCUUUGCACGUCACAACUGUUUCUAUUUGUUAUUGCCUUUCCCAAUACUUUCACCAUGGUUCUUCCACCACAGCGUGGGGAACGUAGCAGUGUGCUACCUUCCUCCUAAUAUAUACGAAGAUGAGAGAUGGUUGGGUCUGGAAUUAUAUGUCAAAUGUGAAUUACGUCGAUCUCGCACAGUUGGUGAUUCGACUUCAGAAAUAGUUGAUCUUAACAUUGAUCUGUACGCCCAUGGGAAAAGUAUGUCACCUAUAUUGUGUCAUAAGAUCAAAAUACCUGUACAUAGUCGCUUUGUUACAAUUCAUGUCCCCCGCAAGUAUUUCUCAGAAGAGUUGAAUAACUAUGAAGGUCUAAGUGUCAUCUUUAAGCCCACUACCCCAGAUGUGGAAGUCAAAAUGUGUGGAACCAGGUUGUUGUACGAGCAAGAGUCGAAGUUGAUAAGCAAAGGAAUAAUACAGUGCAUAUUUCAAAUCCCAAGUUUGCUUCAAGUUGUUCAUGAAGCAGCAAUAGGGCUUCUUCAGAGUGAUCAAAGUGAUAACGAUGAGAGUAAUAUUGCACUGCAACGAGAAAUGCCCCAAUCUAGUCGCAUGCCUACUUAUGAACCAAGGGAAAGGAAUAUAAUAAAGUCCUCACAAAAGUUUCUGACAAGUACUGAACAACUCGCAAUGGAAGUUUCAACUUCCAUAGAUAAGUACAGAAGGGAAUAUGCAGAGAGGCGAGUUUUUGACAAUACUGACCCGGUCUUAUUCCACUCCAAACAAUCAUUUUUGAAGAAUUGGGAGAGCAUGCAAGAAGAAGAUACUCCGUGCAAAUUGUCUGGUACUUUCAACCAUUUGCAUAUAAUGGCAGAGAGUAUACUCCCCGUAAGCGAUUCGCAAAACCUGAUCGAAACUCUUAAAAUUCUGCUUAGAGAAUUCUUCAAGCAUCGCGUCCUAGUCACACUCAGCCUAAAAGGACAUAUAGUCUUUGCUUUAAAGCAUUUUGUUCCGAGCUCACCAUACAAUUUAUGUUUCCCUCAGAAGGGGAUUCCAAAAUGGUUUGAUGAUCACCAACUUAAUAACUCUAUGGUGGCAAUUGCACUUCCUCCAAAUCUAAGCCAUGACAAGAGCUGGAAGGGGCUUGUCAUAUGUGCAUCCUUUUCAGUGAAUGAGAAUCCAGACGCUUUUUCGAAAGGAUCGUUCCGGGUUCUCUGUCACUUAGCAAGCGAAGGAAUUUGCUUGAAUCCUGUCGCGUUAUGUUCUGUCACCAAAGAUAAAAUCAAGUGGUUGUACGUGCGCGGGUUCAUUUGGUUGGCCUACAUUCCUAAUGUGAUGCUCGCAGAGCUGAAUGGAAAGAACAGUGUGGAGGCUAGGAUUUACAGUCAGUACCCCGGCUUGAUUGUCGACAAGUGUGGCAUCCGCUUACUGUACGAGAAAGAUGUGGAACAACUUAAGCAAACAAUAAUCCAGUGUUGCACUUCAUUCGUCGAAGAUUGGGAUCUCAUGGAUAAAUUCGUAGCAAAUGAAGAUUAUGAAUAAUGAUCACGUACCUUAGCCCAUCCAGGGUCCACCAGAGUUAGACAAGGUUUGUCUUUACCUCCCUCCGGUCAUUAGUCUCGAUAUUUUGAG